AUGGCAUCAAAUUCUACUCAAAACUGUGCGUCAGUUGACGAUACAUUCGGUCCUUAUGCCGGAGAGCAAUGUCGGGGAGGCUUUGAUUUCACCCUUCUUUUUGGAGAGGUGUUCCUCUCUAUAUUGCCUCUUGCUCUACUCCUUGGAGUUGCGCCAUUUCGGAUUGUGUAUCUUUGGGGGAAGCACAUCAAACUCUCAAGAUCUUCUCUUCUAUACACAAAGCUAAUAGCUUGGACGCUAUUAGCUAGUUUCGACCUCGCUCUCCUUGUUAUAUGGGCAAAACGUCGAACACAAAAGCAUCGCGCCGAACUGCCCUCCGCAGUCAUCAGUUUCGUCGGCGCACUCGUAUUAGGGCUACUCUCAUUCUAUGAGCAUCUACGUUCCAUCCGACCAUCGUUCCUAUUAAACGUAUACCUCCUCUUCACCGUAUUCUUCGACGUAACUCGAUCACGCAGCUAUGCACUCUCUCCCGAUCUUGACCUCAUUGCAAACAUCUUCGCUACGCGGGUUGCCGUUAAGGUGUUCCUCGCGAUAUUCGAGGCUAGAGGGAAACGAAUGCUCCUUCUUCCGGAGUUCGCUGACUGCCCGCCGGAGGCUACAAGUGGAGUAUAUAAGCGCACAUCGUUUUGGUGGCUCAACGAGCUGUUCAAAAAAGGUUUCUCUAAUUCACUGACGGUGGAUGACCUUUUCCAUCUGGACAAGCAUCUGAAGGCCGACUACCUACACCAUUCGCUAGGGUCGGCAUGGGAUAGACUAACCCGGGCUAGUCCACACUCCCUAUUCGUGGCGACAUUGAAGAAACUCCGAUGGCACAUACUAGCGGUCGUACCACCUCGACUUUGCCUAAUUGCCUUCAAUUUCUGCCAGCCAUUCCUGAUCCACAGGGCCGUAAACUUUUCCCAGCAAAGUGUCACGCCUCAAACAACCAACAUCGGUUACGGUCUGAUCGGCGCAUAUGUCCUGGUUUUUGUCGGUAUUGCAGUAUCGACGGGCCAAUACAUGCAUUCAACGUUCAGGUUCAUCACCAUGAUGCGCGGUGGUCUCGUUUCAAUGCUGUACAGCAAGGCUACUGACAUUGCGUUGACUGACGUGGAUGUUGCCUCUUCGCUUACACUAAUGAGCGCGGACGUUGAGCGCAUUGUUACCGGUAUGGAGACUGGUCAUGAGAUCUGGUCCAAUACACUAGAAAUUGCCUUAGCGAUGUAUCUCUUGGAACAACAACUAGGCGUCGCGUGCGCAAUUCCGAUUGGCGUCGCAGUUGUAUCGCUCCUCGGGUCCUUGGGUGUCACUAGCUUAAUCAUGCAGCGUCAAGCAUUAUGGCUUGAGGCCAUCGAGAGACGCAUCGCUGCUACAAAUGCGAUGCUGAACUCUAUGAAGGGCGUGAAGAUGUGUGGCCUUACUGAUGUGUUGCGAGACGAUCUUCAGCAACUUCGUGUGGAUGAGCUCAACAUUUCCAAGAAGUUCCGGAAGCUUCUCAUCUGGACCAUGGGUUUUUCGUACAUCUCACCAAUAGUUGCACCUAUUCUUGCGUUCGCUGUGUUCUCGAUACUCGCCCAGAAAAGCGGCGGGGCUAGUACGCUUGAUACUGCUACCGUUUUUACAUCUCUUUCUCUUUUUACCCUGCUGACAGAACCUCUUGGGUCGCUCAUCAUGGCCCUCUCGGCGCUCAUGGGAGGCAUCGGCUCGUUCAAGAGGAUUCAGGAGUUCAUCUCUACGAAAGCGAGGACCGAAAAACGCAAGUUCCCCUCUACUCAAAGUAGCGUAGCUUGGGUUUCAGAUAUAGGCAGCGAGUCUGAGAAGGUGUCCGAUGCCUCACAGAAGAGUCAACUGUCGUUGGAGGUUAGGGACGGAGGCUCGCUAGGGUCUCAGGCUAUUGUCAUCGAGAAUGGAUACUUCGGGUGGGACAAGGAAAGGCAAUCGCUGGGUACCUUGCAGGCGAUCAACAUGGUCGUCCCACGGGGUAAGAUAACCAUGGUCGUGGGUCCUGUAGGGUGCGGAAAGUCAACCCUGCUCAAAGCUGUCCUGGGAGAACUGCCGCUCAUGGGUGGCACACUACAGGUGUCGUCCCUGCGAAUCGCGCUGUGCGACCAGACUGCAUGGCACGUGAACGGCACAGUGCAGGAAAGCAUUAUUGGUGUUUCGGAUUUCGAUCAGCGCUGGUAUUCAUCGGUUGUUCGUGGCUGCGCAUUAGAUGAAGAUCUACGACAGCUUCCACAGGGAGACCAGACCCAAAUUGGGAGCAAGGGUAUUGCAUUGAGCGGAGGUCAGAGCCAGCGCAUAGCACUUGCUAGAGCGGUUUACGCCCAAAAGGACAUCGUCAUUCUUGAUGAUUGCCUCAGCGGGCUCGACGGCCAGACAGAGAAUCGAAUCUGGCACAGCCUCUUCGGCCAUGAAGGCUUGCUUAAGCGAUGCAGAACAACUGUUCUGAUCGCUUCAUCGUCAGCCAAACGUCUACCUUAUUGCGACCACAUUGUUGCACUCGAUAAGGAGGGCAAAAUUAUCGAACAGGGCACUUUCGAGAAACUCAAUAUCUCUGGCGGUUAUGUGUCAGGCUUCGACCUCCCACCACCCGACUGGGAGUUCACCCUGGAGAAGCACAUCUAUGAGGCUCCGCCAAAAUACACGGAGCGUCAAACAUCUAGCAAAGUCACUGAGGAUGAUAUACAAGCCGAGGCAAAUCGACGCACCGGCGAUAUAGCUAUUUACUUGUAUUAUAUCGGGUCGGUGGGCUGGAUCCCGACUAUUAUUUUCAUCGUUUCCAUGAUCAUUUUCAUUUUCGGCAUAUCCUUUCCAUCGAUCUGGGUAAAAAUGUGGGCUGAGUACAAUGAACGGUUCCCAAACCAACGCCUGGGGUACUACCUGGGUAUAUACGCCAUGCUAGGUGGACUGGCACUCUUCUUUCUCAUCGUCAGUUGCUGGCAACUCAUCAUCACAAUGGUCCCCCGCUCUGGGGUCAUUUUUCAUCAGAAGCUGCUUGACACGGUACUUGGAUCGCCCAUGUCUUUCUUCUCAACUACCGAUACCGGAGUCACUCUCAAUCGUUUCAGCCAAGAUCUCAUGUUGAUCGAUAUGGAAUUGCCGGUGGCGGCGCUCAAUACCUUCGCAACAUUUGUCCUCUGCAUAAGCCAAAUGGCUCUCAUCGCCGUCGCUGCUCCCUUUGCAGCCAUAUCCUUUCCGGUUGUAGGUAUCAGCGUCUACUUCAUCCAAAAGUUCUACCUUCGCACAUCACGCCAGCUUCGCUUCCUGGAUCUCGAAACGAAGUCACCCCUCUAUACUCAGUUCAGUGAGAUACUUGAGGGCCUAGCGACUAUACGGGCAUUCGGAUGGCAGAGCUUCGUUGAGGAUAAAGCCAAAGCGCUACUCGAUCGCAGUCAACGCCCCUUCUAUCUCCUCUUCGCGGUCCAGCGUUGGCUGACCUUCGUCUUGGACCUCGUCGUUGCGGCUGUUGCUACUAUCCUCAUCAUUCUUGUUGUCGCGCUGAGGGGGAAAUUGAGUGCUGGCUAUGUUGGCGUUGCGCUUCUCAAUGUCGUACUAUUCUCCCAAAGUAUCAAGCUGCUCAUCUCGUUUUGGACUCAGCUGGAAACGCAUAUUGGUAGCGUAGCCAGGAUCAAGAAUUUCACAACCGAUGCCGUCACCGAAGACCAGGAGAAUGAGGACCACAUUCCGCCGCCUAAUUGGCCGAGCGCAGGCAAGAUCGAGUUCAAGAAUAUUGAGGCGUAUCACCGGCCGGGCGAGCCAGUCAUCUCAGACUUCUCGUUAUCCAUCAAAGCAGGCGAGAAAGUUGCCAUUGUUGGCCGGACUGGAAGUGGCAAAUCCUCGCUUGUCCUCUCCCUCUUCCGCAUGAUCGAGCUUUCAGCAGGCAGCAUAACCAUCGACUCCCUCCCCCUGCACCGCGUUCCCCGCCAGACCAUCCGCUCGCGCCUCAUCGGCCUACCCCAAGACGCCUAUCUGCUCCCCGGGUCCGUGCGUCUUAAUGCCGAUCCGCUGAAGCAGAGCCACGAUAAGGCCAUCAUGCAGGCGCUAAAAGAUGUCCAACUCUGGGAUGUCAUCGUCGCUAAAGGCGACGUGGAGAGAUACGCCCAUCCGCUCGACGUAGAAGUCGAAGACCUGCACUUCUCACACGGCCAGCGGCAAUUAUUUUGCUUAGCAAGGGCGCUGUUACGGAGGGAGAAAGCAAGUGUCGUUGUGUUGGAUGAAGCUACUAGCAACCUCGACCACGCAACCGAUUCCCACGUCCAGCGCCUUCUACGCUCAAAAUUUCCAUCCCAUACGCUUAUUGCUGUGGCACACAAACUCGAUACGGUCCUUGACUUUGACAAGGUCGUUGUCAUGAAUCAGGGCCAGCUCGUCGAGUAUGGGGAGCCGUAUAAGCUGCUUGAGCGCCAGGGUAGUUGGUUCAAGAGUCUGUACGAGGAGGUGAAUAGGAUCGAGGGUCCUAUGGAGGAUGAAGAUAUCAUGCAGAUUGCCCAGUGAGUAGUGUAGGGGAGAUGUAUAUAACGCUCGUUUUAUGGAUAUUAGGGGAUAAGAUGAGAAUUCGAGGAGGGCAUAAGUACAUAUCUGAUAGUUGUGUGGCAAAAUUGAAAUGGAGCUGGAG